CUAAUGCCUUCAGAAUAUGCGCAAACGAUGGCACGAACGUCCUGUGCGAUGCGAUUAUUUUUAUUUUGAUUUUCUUGGAUUUAACCUUAGAAAUUCUUUGACGUCCGCUCGCGGCAAUCAAAACAAAAUAAAGUGUGGUGCAGUUGGGAAGAGAGGUUUCGCAAAUUCUCGUACUUACUAAAUUAUUCCCUGGGAUGAGAUGCUGAGACGCUGAGUGACUUCACACAGUUGACAAUGGAAUCAGAGAGGUUAUUGGUUGCUGCUGGGCUGACCGCAGCUGCUGUGGUGGGUGCUUUCGUGUUCUGGGGACCUUCGCAGGGAGCAAGUGGCAGAGGCAGGUUGGCCGGACUGGUGAAUCUGGGAAAGACAUGUUUCUUGAAUGCUAUACUGCACGCUCUGGCUGCUUGCCCGCAGUUCGUGAUAUGGCUGGAGCAGGACAGAUUCGCUAAGGAGACUAGUCUGAGAUCGACUUUAGCUACAGUGCUAUCAGUUGUGAAUGGUACUCAUAAAUCGGUGCAAGAGACUUAUGCUCCUGCCGCUGUUAUAAAUGCUCUUAAGAGGCUGGGAUGGGUGAUCCCUGCUGGAGAGCAGGAUGCUCACGAGCUGCUCAAUGUGAUAUUGACAACUUUAGAUGAGGAGAGCUCAAAGAUGGUGAGGAAGGCUGGCUGUUUGUCCGACGCUCUUGGACUGAACGACUUGCUGUCACCGCCUAUGGAUGAGAGGGGCUGCAGUCCGACUCCUUCAGAUUAUGACCCCAGAGGUAGCGUAAUGUCGCUGAACGAUAUCGGGCGACCUUUGAGUUUGAACUUCGUCGGUGGACACAGAUACAGAUGGAUCUCGAGAUCGUGCAGGUCGUUGCAGAUAGCCGGACCUCCUCCACAGCCUUUAUCGCAUCCGUUCAGCGGCACCUUAACUAGUCAGCUGCGAUGCACCGAAUGUGGCCACAAGUCGAGCGUGCGUUACGACAAAUUCGAGAGCCUCUCUUUGGCUCUACCAUCAGGAAUGGGGGACCUGGGCUACGGCAGGCACAAGUUGCAUCAACUUCUGACGAACUUCGUUACCCCGGAGAUGAUUCCAGACGUGCAAUGCGAGAACUGCAACAGGGGCAGAGAGCCCGGACAUACCCCAAUCCUCUCCAAGCAAAUCAAAAUUUUGAAUUUCGGCAAGUUGCCGGUGUGUCUGUGCUUGCAUAUAUCUCGAAACACGUGGCACGGAAGUGGGAUUUCGAAGAGGCAGGAUUACGUGCAGUUUCCGAUGAGGCUGUCCUUAGCAGCAUACACCUUCAUCCAAUCGCAAUACAACCGAAGAGUCUCCAAUAACAUUUACCAAAGCACAAGUGAGGGCGGAAGUCCUUUGUCGAGCAGCAUGCCUCAUUCGUGGAACGCCGGUUCUUUGAGCGACAACGGUCAGGAUUGGAGGAACGUCUUCCAAUUAGCAGCCGUGGUCGUGCAUUCUGGAGACGCCCAUUCCGGACACUUCGUGACUUAUCGUCGUGGAAAUCAGACAUCGAAAUGGUAUUACACGUCGGACGUCGAGAUUCGCGAGGUGAGCAUCGAGGAGGUGCUCCAAGCGACGGCCUACAUUUUAUUCUACGAGAAGACCACCAACAUGGGUGGCAUGUUUUAGUCCACACCACUCCAACAUUUAGUUGUUAUACGUUUAAUUAUUAUUAUUUUUUUCGUUUUUCGAAUGUGAUUCGUGAAAAGAGGAUGCAUUCCGUCGAAUACCUCUGUUACUGCUACGCCUACUCUCUAUCUAUCUUCGUUACACGUUCGUGCAUCAGAGGCAGAAAUUCCUUGACCAAAAAUGAAAAAUAUCCUGUACAUAAAUCGCGUUUGCAUUUAACGAAACAAAUCCUUUUCUUUAUGAUGAUGAUGAUUGUAGCAUUUUUUUUAUUGACGAAUUUAUUGUACCUCAGGGUGGUUCGAGUUUCCUACAAAAGAUAGAGCCAGAAUCAUUUGCCAGAAGAGAAAGAAAAAUAAUGUUAUUUUUAAUUUAUUUAACGGAAACGAUGCGAAAAUAACGAUUUUUCGCUUUCUCGCUUGCAUAAAUUUGUUGGAAUUGUUGUAAUAAUUUGCUGUAAUAUGAAAACCAUAUCUGUCUGUCCGUUUCUUCGGUGCGUGCAUUUCUAUUUUUAUAAACCAGGAAGGAAUAUUUAGAGAAAUCUUGUUCAUCUGAUUCGAAAAAGGGGAAGCGAUUAUUAACUUAACUUGAUUGAAAUUAUCGAUUGUGAGGAUUAUUAUGAUGUUGAUUGUCUAUAAUUAAUUUAUUUAAAUUAAUAAAAUGUCUACAAAAAA